AUGACACUUGUGGAGACCACUGCGCCUGCUUUCGCUGCGACUUCGCGACGACAUGUGAACCGCACAGUUGCCCAGCAUCCAAGUGGCGAUAGCGGCAACGGUCACAUGCACCAAGCGGGCCACCAUGACGCGUGUCUCCAGCAAGGGCGGGCCCUGCUGCCGUUGACAGCACAGACCUCGGGUGAGGGAUCGGGCAACUACGCCCUGCAGCCACCUAUUGCUCUUCUCUCGUGCCGCUGCCGCCGGGACCCGGCGGUGAUGCGUCUGCAGGCUGCUCUGGCGCAUGGAGAGCCGUGGAGCUCUGACAACGGAAGCCCAGAAGCGCAAGCACCGUCGUCGGAGGCGACAAACUCAGCUGCAACUGCAAAAAGUAGUUUUUCCUUUGGCUACGACGAUGAUGCAGUUUCUUCUUUUCCCUCCACACCGGAUUGCGGCUCAACAGCUUGUUUUUCGCAGCGUGCAAAAUCCCCGGCGUCGCUGUCGGCGACAUCUUCAGCCGUGUUGACUUCAGGAUGCGAGAGUAGUGAUUCUUCAUCAGCGGUGGAAGCCACGGUUGCGGCGAACAACCGCCCUUCUACGAACUGCUACUGGGCGUCAAGGCGGCAGCAGGGUAUAGUAGAAAGACAAGAAGGGUUGUUGCAAACACCGCACGAUGAAGAAACUAAUGAACGUCCGCAGACUCCGUUGUUUGGGUUUGUCCCCAAGGCAGCUGCACUCCAAGACGCGGGGAGUGGCAUGAGACGCAGCGGGAGUCGCGUCCGUGGUGUGCCCAUGAAUUCUUCUUUUUCUUCCUCUGCUGCUGCUGCUGCCGCCGCCGCCGCCGCCGCUUGGGAAGUAGGCGACAGAACACCCAAAAAUGACGAAGACGCCGCCUUGUCGCAACACGAGGAGGACGAGGUCUUGGGCGUUACGGCGGAGGGAGAGUUUAUCUACCGACGCGACGUCGACGCGGAACGGGGUCGUUUGGGUAAAAACAAACACCAAAGCUGUCUUGGUGGGCCUCUUUUUCCGGAUGAAUGCAGCGAUGACGAGGCGUCGUGUGUGCUCCCUGCCACGGCCCCUUUUUGUACACCAGAGAAGAGCAUAUUUGCUACGGCCCUCAGUGGCAGGGCACGUGUACCACACCGGCAUGGGGAAAGGGCCGGGACUUGGAGAGGCAUGACCGCCACACACCCAACUGCGCCGUUGCAAUCCGACGCGACAGUGCCCCAGCGGGGUUCUAGCGCAACACACAGUCAGCGAAAAACUACAAGGUGGAGAACAAGUGAUGUGGAGUGGUGUUCUCUCCUACUGCAAUACCGCACCUGUGAAAACGCCGACGAGGCGCAGUACAAGAAGUUGAUAGAUGCGGUGAAUAACUGGCAUGAGGCACGGCGUCGUUACCCUAUUGAGGCAUUAGAGCGCCGUUUGCUGGAAGGAGACAGUUAUGACAGGCCCCCGUUCAUUCUCCGGUGGUAA